AAACUGAACCACCCCAACAUCAUCCAGUACUUGGCGUCUUUCAUCGAGGACAAUGAGCUCAACAUCGUCCUGGAGCUGGCCGACGCUGGGGACCUCUCGCGCAUGAUUCGCCACUUCAAGAAGCAGCAGCGCCUCAUCCCGGAGAGGACCAUCUGGAAGUACUUUGUGCAGCUGUGUUCUGCCCUCGAUCACAUGCACACAAAGAGGAUCAUGCAUAGAGACAUCAAGCCGGCCAACGUCUUCAUCACGGCGCAGGGGGUGGUCAAGCUGGGCGACCUCGGGCUGGGCAGGUUCUUCAGCUCCAAGACCACCGCCGCGCACUCCCUCGUCGGCACGCCUUACUACAUGAGCCCCGAGAGGAUCCACGAACACGGCUACAACUUCAAGAGCGAUAUUUGGUCCCUUGGCUGCCUUCUGUAUGAGAUGGCUGCCCUACAAAGCCCCUUCUAUGGCGACAAAAUGAACCUCUAUUCACUAUGCAAGAAGAUUGAGACCUGUGAAUAUCCACCACUACCCUCAGACCACUACUCAUCACAGCUGCGGACAUUAGUGGACAACUGCAUCAACCCUGAACCAGACCAGCGGCCGGACAUCACCCACGUGUAUGGCGUGGCGCGGGAGAUGCACAGCCAAUCACAGUCCGCCAACUCCAGCAACUCAGCCCUGUCCGCCGCACACCUGGCGCGUGUGGAGGAGCAGAGCGUGGACGACAGCAGACACAGCAUCAAGCAGAUCAGGCUGAGGGACUAGCAGCGUGCCAACUGGCGGAGGUAUACACGGAGUGAGGAAAAGAGCGGACACAACGCACAAUCGGCUUGGAACGAACCAGCCAGCUCAGGACACAUCAGCGAGGUGGGCCGAUCAGGGAACCACCACCAGGACAGUUUGAUGCCAGGGUCGGGUCACCUUACCACCCAGUCCAGGGAGAUGUGGGCGCGGGACCCAAGAGCAGGCAACAUGUCAGACUCCGAUAAGGGCAGCCACAGCCGGUCACAGCGUAGGCGACACAGCUCCUCGGGGCGGGAUGACGCGAGUUCUGGCCAGCAGCGACCGCCUGUACGAACCUUCAUUCCUAAGAGCUCCCAGGACGACCUCUCCCUGGUGAACCUUUCCAAUGGCAGUGAAGUGAAGGUCCCCAUGCAGGACUCCCCCCUCUUGACACCUCCUGGAGCCGGCAUGUACCCCCCCCGGAACAGGUACAAUGUGCGUCUCCCUCCACUGGGCAAGAGGCAGUACUGAACCACCUCUCACGCUGCAUACUUGGUGUUGCUCAUGCCCUCGCUGGUUACAUGUAUGGGUGAGUCUAGUGUGGCAUGACAAAGGAGGCAGUGGGCAUUGAUAGGCAUAACAAAGUAAUAUUUUCCUCACUUCACGCUUCUAAUACAGCCUAAGAGAAGUGUGAGUGCCAUUUUGAGGGUAACCAGUUUUCUUAUGCUAGUCCCCUUUUGCUUGCUGCUGUCAUGCUCACUGAAUCAGCCUAUUGAAAUCCAAGCUGCCACAUGGUUAUAAUGGUGCCUAAGAGCUGCAUCUAUGAGAGCUCAGGUUCUAACAUGGUACACACCCCAGUGCAUGUGUCGAAGGAAGGCGCACCUUUAGCUAGACAGGUGUUUGGUGGUUCAUUGGGGAUAGCUGUGUAUACCUCCGCCAGUUGAUAAAUGCUAUAUUGUAAGAUGUGCGUUUAUGAUGCUGUUUUAUCCUCCAUUGGUUUUAUACAUGUUCGAAUCGUCAAUGGCAAGACAGAACGAGAACAGGAAGGAAGGUUUUGAGAGAGUUCAAGUCUUCUAGUAGUUCUGUUGAUGCUAUUUGAAUCUAUGUUAAGGAUGCUGGGAGAUAAAGCAGCCUCAUAAACAUGCACUGAAUACGUCCAAAGACAGCUGAACACACACGGCAGCUGCAUGAUAGGUCUUGAAACAGAACCAUGACAAUUUCAGCCAAAGACGAGGAAUGACCAAAGUACAUAAACUCAUUCCAUACACUAAGAGGGAUGUGGAUUUCUCCGACUUCCUUCUGAAGGCUUAACAGUCAUUCCAAGUAGUUUUUCGAAUGGUAAUAGUAUUUAAGAAGGAGUGACUCAAGUAUAUACUCAUCCUAGACACUCAAGUCCCUCCAGAAUGCCUUUGACUCAAGUAUAUACUCAUCCUAGACACUCAAGUCCCUCCAGAAUGCCUUAGUAAUUUCCAGUGAAUGCAGCAGUGAGUAUCCUAGAGUCUGUGAUACGAAGAUGAGUCAGAAGUGUACGAAAUCAAGGGGCGAGUGAGGCAGUUAAAGGUCGAGUUUGCAGAGUAUUGGGUUUCUCGGUAAAAAAGGUGGGAUCCUUCUUGCUUAUUCUCAAAGCAUUUGUGAUCAGUUUAUGCAUCAUCUAUUUUCAGGGGUUUAUAUCAUGGCACAAAUUUGCCCCGUCGCUGCUACACGGUAAAGCCACAAAUUUGGCCUGUCGCUGCUACCAGGUUAUUGUGGGGCUGAUUUGAUUUAUUUAGCUUUGCGAGUCAUGCCUUUUCCUGCCUCAUUGUGCUCUCAAGCCAUUAUUUUUCAACAAGGGUGUCUAUUAAGAAUUUACCACAAAACACGUGUAAAGAUUGAUGUAGUGUAUGUUCAUGUGCUCAUAAGUUAAGGUUGGAAAUUGAGUUUUGUCCAAAUAUGUAUUGGUGCAAUAACAUACCAAAGGAACCUUUCCAAAAAUACGGAAAUAAUCUUCCAAUGGUGUGUGUGUGUGUGUGUGUGUGUGUGUGUGUGUGUGAGAGAGAGAGGGAGAGAGGAAACAGCAUGAUGUAUGGAAAUGCAAAGUGUAUUGGUGUGUGUCGCAAUCAGUCAUAUAUUCUGUGUAACAAACUGAUAUGGGUUUAGGCUUUGCGUCUUAACAAAGAGUCAGAUAUACAUGGAUGUAAAUAAUUCAGUCAAGAAAUGUUAUUUUCUGAAAUAUAAUAAGUGCAUAUAGUUACUAAUAAGGGAGACUCAAGAGAUUGUAUUUAUAUUGCUUGGAAGUUCAUUCAUAAAACAUGCUAAGUCAGCGCUAAUUCAGUGUUGUGUAUCGUUACCAGCCAUAGAGUCCUAUUGCAAAUGUGUAUAUUGUUAUUUAUAUUUGAUUUUUUUUUUAAUUUGUUAAUGAAACCAUAAGCACAGUCCACUUGCCAAAGAUAAUUGUGCUCCCGUAAUCCUGUGUAAUAAGUUAACUUAGGUUUAAUACAAUCAUCACCAUAACCUUGUGCAAUAAGUUUACUUGUGUUAAAUAUUGUUAUCACCAUUGUUCCUUCUGUUUCCGAGGCCUCGUCAGCAGGUAUGUGCAGGUCAGUCAAGGGCUAGUGCUUUGAUUUCAUGGCCAGUUUUAUUGUUGUACUCUCAGUGAGCAGUGUUCCUCAUUCUAAUAAAGUCAUUUCUCUUUUUUA